AUGAGCGGUGCAGCUGAUGACCGAUGGCGCGGAGGCCGUGCGUUCGACCAAAACCGCCAGUCCGGACAGAGACAGUCGAAUCCCAGAGCAAUGAGCGCACAGGGCGGGCCCCGUGGCGGACAGCAGAGCUCCAACACGCCGAGUACUAGUUGGGCAGAUGAGGUUUCGGACUUGCAGGAGCAACACGUGCCGGUGGGAGGAUUCAACGCUGCGGAGGCAAAGGCGGCUCUAAGAAGAGCACCAGGAGCUCCAAGACCAUACUUUUACAAGCCUCAGGGCAAGGACGCGAACAACCGUGCAGGUGGACCCUGGGGAUCGAAACCCAACACGAUGGCCAACGGAAAGGACUUCUUUCUCGAGCUCCGAAAGCAGGUGACUGCCUUACGACAGGGAGAAAAUGUCGCCGGUGGUUGAAGGAUAGAGGAUAAGAGAUUAAGGCGGGGGGACCUGGUUGGGGGGUGAACCCUCUGAUAGGGACUAAGAGUCGGCUCGAUUCUAGACUCGUGUUUUCGACGACGGAUGAGAAUUUGGUUGUCGGGAAAGAGCUUAUCGGUUGCUGGCCGACUGAGUAUCAUGUCAUAGAACAUCGCCGACGAAAUAAACUUGGCUGCGAAAACGGCUAUGGAUAUACAGGACUGGCUUGGACUGACUCUAUACCUACUGUGGCUCGGCGAACGGCCAAUAGCAAGGAAAGUCGAAUAGACAAUUAAGCCAAUCUCGAGACUACAGUGACUCCAAG